AAAUUAUCCAAUAACUGCGUGAAGUAGGGAGAUUCGUCAGAGAUGAGCGACUCACAAGACCGUGACACAAGUGUUGUUUGGUAAAUAUUACACUCGAUAUCAUCGCGAAAGAAGAAUAACCUUUCACUUAGCCAUUCAUACAAGGUUUCGCAACUAUUUCUUUCGUUUCUGAAACGAAGUUAUUUCGUAUUCGGUUUCUUGUUUAAUCUUUCACUUUUUGUGACCCUAAUAGUUGAAAACAACAAACUAACACUGGCUCUGAUUUCAGCGCCAUACAUUAUGCGACUUUAAAUAGAGUAAAUAACAAGUAUGGAAAAUACGUAAGAAUCAGAUUAUUCAGUUUUAAACAUCGCCUCUCUCGCUUUUAACUUUCUAGACAAAAUAAAUAACAGAUCAACGGGAAAAUACCGUACGUUGAUUGGUCAAAACAUAGUGACGUCAAUUCUCGGAAACGUAAGGGGACUCCCCAAAACAUCAUGUGAAAGCUAAAAAUUGUCACUUGCCUCGACACUCAACUGAAACGUAAGCGCCACAGAGUACAGAAGUCUCUUCCAUUUGAAACAAAGGCUUAAGAUUUUUUCACUACAAAGUCGCAGUACCUUUACUCAGGACAUUAUUCCACAGCAAUUUCAUGAUGCCAGCGGAAAGACUUCGGCUUCGCGCAUGGAUUGAAAAACAAGCAGACAGUGGAAAGCUACCGGGUCUCGAGUGGGACGACCGAGAGAAAGGCAUCUUUAAAGUAUCGUGGAAGCAUGCCUCAAGGCAGUGCUGGUCCUACCCUAAAGACGCCUGCGUCUUCGAAGGUUGGGCCAUACACAGUGGUCGCUACAGGAAAGGACACGACAGACCUGAUCCGCGGCGUUGGAAGGCGAAUUUUCGAUGUGCUCUGAACGCCCUCCCGGAUAUCGUCGAGCUUCCAAAUCAAGGAAUAGCACGAGGCCAAGACGCUUAUAAAGUCUAUCAGAUAGUGAAGAAAACAGCCAAGAAAGACUUACAUAACAAACGACAGAACAAGGGUGAGUAGCGUGCGUGAAGUUCAGUUUAUAAACGACCACGACGCUUAGCAGCUGCGAAUUUACUAAAAUUAUACAAGUCCAGAAUGCUUAUCGAAUCGAUUUUUUUUUAUACUGAUUUGUUUACGUGUUAAAUUUACCGAAUGCUUCCUUAGGAACAGUUUCUCUGAAAGAGACUGCCCCAAUAGUCGGGAAAAUAUAACAGAAAACGUCUACGUUUCGUAUUCGUUUGUCUGGAUCAUUGACUGACGUGACCUAAGAAAUUUUAAACUUUCAUGCACAUUUUACCCUGUAUUUCAGUUUCCUUUGAAGAGAAGUCGUGGAAAUAGUCGAUCGAUAGCUUGCCACAAUUAUCUGUUGAUUUUAAUGUAUAUUUCUUCCGACAUCUUUUGGAAAGCGUGAGGGAAAAGUCAAACCACACAACAAAGCGUGACCAAUUCCUAGAAAGAUACGAUAAAUUGUUUAUGAGAGCUUUUCCGAGAAAGAGCUUAAAUUAACUCAAUUUGCAUAUAUACUUUAAUAGCUGAAAUGACUGAGUUCUUAUAAGCUUUUCACCAAGAAAUGGCGCGAGCUUUAGCAAAAUUAUGAUACGAAAAAGAAUAUUUUGAGAUCUAGAAAGAUGAUUCGUUUCAUACUUCCUGGUUGGCACGCCUCAAGGAGUCGUCCGGAAGAGCUCUCAGUUCUCCAUGAAUUAACAAGAAACAAGAAGACGCCCGAGAGCUCAAACAAGAAUUGCAUAUCCAAGCUAAAACGUUUUCUUUGUAAUUUCGCGAGCUUCGCCUAAAAAGGGCAACUGAAGUCGCCAAUGUGUAUUUCAGACAUAACUAGUUGACGCGGGAAUAAUCUUGUCGAGUGGUUCGGGAUGGUAAGUAGCCUUUAAAUUCAAGCUUCGAACCAAGGGUUGAACUUAUUCGUAUUAGGUUCCUAAUUGCACUCUUUGUUUGAAACUAGGAGGGUUCGGAAGUCUUAACGAAUCUUUCAAUAUCGUCGUAGAAUACUGAGAUGCGAUCUUAUUGGACCACUCACGGUGUUAGGCAUCUUCAUUAUUAUGCAACAGUCGCGUAUCCUAGCUGAAGCGUGGAAACUGUGUCCUCAGUAGACUCGGGGAAUAAACUUUGCUGAGAAAACGCCUUCACACGCGAACUUGCAUCGCCGAGAAAAACAAUAAAGCAACUGAUUUAAUAUGUGACUUAGACUCUAAGAAUAGUUAACAGCACGAACGUUGCAAAACCUAGUUGCAUUUGUUACUUGCGGUGACAAAUGUGUUCAAAACACUGACACGACGCUCUCGGUUAUUAGAAUCAGUCUGGUAUAUCAUAAAUAUCGCGAUAUUGUAACUAGAAUAUACGUUUUCUAGACAGGAUUUGUUUCUAACAAGUGCAUAUCAUAAAUCACUGCUGCCGCAUUGAUACCCAGCUCCAUUGUGAACAGCUUUUCAAAAGGUAUACAAUAUUGGUCCACAUCAUCAGAAUAGGCAUUGCUUUGUACAACUGCAGAAGCUUAGGUCAAUUUUAAGAGCGAGAAUUCAAUCUUUCAAACAUGGCAUUACGCAUUGCACCCUGGAGUGGAGUAAAGUAUUCAAAAUUAGGGUCGAAGAAUGCGGAAAGUGGUCAGUAUCGAAUCUUUCUCUAGCAAACCCCGCCUCAUUCUAUGAUGAGAUGAAUGUCAUCAGCCUAACUAAACCCUGUUGAUCAAGCUAUUUACUUACCCGUGGGAAAACGAAUUAAGGGCGUCUAAAUUUAAGGCGAGCUAACUCUGUGUCAAGAGGCAUUGCUCAGGCAAUGCGGAAUUUGUUGCCUUUGUUUUAUUUUAGGGUAAAAUACGAUGUAUUUAGGAUCUUCUCGUUAAUAGAAAGACAAAAAAGGGCAAUGAUAUAAUGAAUGCACAUACGUCUGCGUCGUUGGGUGUAAUUGAAGCGGUGGCUUCGUAACUCACGUCAUUCGUAUCCAAAAACGACAAACAGGGCCGGUCAAAGAAAAACACUUCAAAAAUGUUUGCCGACGGUUCUUCGAGUGAUUUUUGUAAACCUACGUUCUUUUAGCUCAGUGCUGUUUUAGUAAAGAAUUCACACGUAGCUUCGGAGUACCGUCUCCUGGAAAUUUCGGAGCCGCUCCUAGUUCACCUUAUUGGCAACCUUAUAACCUGAAACGUAUCGUGGGCAGCUCUGCUGUGUUGCUGUCUUUCCUCUUUACACUUAUCAGAUAAUCAAAUAAAAGGGGUGAUCAAUGCCGAAAUGAACUGAUUAACAGCUGCAAAUCGUUUCUGCAAACCUUUUCAUAAAAGUCAUCAUCUUUUUAUACGGUUUAGUUUGCUGAGCUAUGCAUGACUAACUAAGGUUCAAGAGCCCCAAAGAGAUUGAAAAGACACAUACUGUAAACCGUUGCUUCCAACUGAGAGGAACAAGAAAUAGUUUGACAUAACAGAGGGUUUGAGUUGGUUGAGGAUAACAAUCAAUAGACUGAUGAAUGCUCUUCAAAAGGAAUGGCUUUAAUUUCGAUUUGGCGAGAAGUCUUCGAAGAACAAGGUCGAGUGAACGAUUUCCUUCUUCCAGAAGCUCGAAAAGUCGAGUCGAAAUUCUUGUUUUGCCAUCUUCUGUACUUAAAUCAGCUUAGCUUUUAGCCAACGUUGAACUGCAAGAACAUGCCAGAAUAAAUGUAUGAUCUGAAUAAUUUUUGAUCUGUAAUUAUUUGUUUGUCUCCAGCGCCUACAGCAUGUGCCUCAACCAGCACUUCUACAACUCCAAAUGUGGCACCUCCGACGAGAGAACACUCCUCAGCAAAGAGAGCGGCUAGAAGUGAUCCUGGCCCGAUGAGGAACAGGCAGAGUAUAGGGGUAAGUGAUCUUGGUUAAAAAGUACGGCGAUCACAGUGGGAUAUUAACAGUUUGUUUAAGGGGCAAACUCUCCUGUCUAGUUUACUUUUCCCAGAGAAACGGCGGUCUAAACAGAGUCAAAUGCUCUCCACACACCUCAUAGUAGACAAGCGAUUACAGUGAGAGAUUCACCGACUGUUUAAGAGAUAAACUACUAGUAAGCUGUCUUUUUCCUAUCACAGAGCAACGGCAGUCAAAACAGAGUCAAAUUGUGGAAAACACUUCACAAAUAUCGUUCAGUCUAUGUCUUUGCAAAACACACAUUAAUUAACUGACCCCAGCUAACUUUAUAGAUCGUUUUAAGGUUGAAAAUAAAGGUUUAUAUCGUUUGAGGAUUGCCGACUUAUAUGGCUAGUUAGAGGCUAGAUCAAUGUCAAAUAGAGUUUAGGAUGGCAAUCUCAGUUGUAUUCAAAUCGGAAGAGUGACACAAAUCUUAAAGCCACAUUUGAAAAAUGCGUUUUGGUUCGUUUAGAAUCGUCCUUCAAACUAUAAAUUUGUGUCCACGAUAAAUACCUUUUAACGCUCUUGAAUUUUACCUUCAAGCAAAACCCAUUGGCAAAACUAAAGGUUACAACAUCAUUGUAAUUAAUUUUUACAUUCGAUUUUAUUGUAUGAUGAUACUUCUUGGAAAAAGGCCCGAUUUGAACAAACCGAAGAUCCAGCGCGUCUGUUGACGAACAGAAACGUUUGUUCAAGGGUGACUCGCUCUUUUUUUGUUUGUUUUUUUUUUUUUUGUGGCCAAAAAUUCAGCGAAAGGUGUAAGAAUAAUGCACGUUUUUUUUUUAAAUCAUCUACCUAAAAAUACAAACAAAUAUUUCCGGGGAAAAAUGCCCCUAAAUUAAAGACGUUCUUGCGUAAUCCAAGACAAUAAACACCCCUUACAACCAAUUCUUGGAAUUCUUAUUAACUAGAAAGCUCAAUUCUGUGUUUAUCUUCAAAACUUCAGAUCACGAGUUAAAAAAAUAACAGACAUGAUAAUUUAUUUUCUUAGAAUGUGGAGAUCUAAAAGCUUUUUAGAAAACAAAAGGAGAAUCGUUCAACUGAAAGAGGAAAUUGAAAGUUUUGUGGUGCGAACCGUUUGUGGUUUCGCUUUCUUUAAGUUCUUCAGUUCGUUUCAGUGUAAUCGUUGUGAAAAUACAAUUGGAUUUGCAUUGCAGCUUAUUUCAGUUUCGAAAGCUGAAUGAAGGACGUCAUAUGAACGGUGAAUCUUUUAAAUUUGUCCGGAUCGUACGGGUUUGUUUGAAUUCAUAGAGAAAGAAAAAUCGCGGGUAAAACUGUAUUAGCAAGUGCAAGUGCGCAACAAUACAAAAAUAUUUUUCGACGACAUUAAUUACCUAUUUCUUUGAAAUAGCGCCCUCGGUUUAACUUUAUUGUGCUAUUCGUGUUUUUCGUAUCUUUUACUGAAUAAAAGCAGGAAAAGCACUCUCUGUUUACUCUGAGCUCUUUCGCUUCCUUGUGAGUGAUCGGAUGAUUUGAGUGAAAGUUUUAGUCCAUUCGUUUGUCCAAGUCCCUUUUUCAUUAAAGACGAAAUGAAAUAAUACCUGAAUUUUACAAAGGGAAACAAUAUGUGGAACUCUGAUGCGCGCCGCUAUAAAAAUGAGGAGUGACUCUAAGUCUAUGCAGCUAAUUGUGGUUCUCUUCGGUGCACCAUAAAUGUACUAUAUUCAGAAUAAUUGACUUUAACUAAAAACUUCCUGUGAAAACACACGCAAGCUUGCAACCUUGGACACAAUUGCAUCACUAAGAAUUUAGUGUUGCAACGCGCUAGAUCCUCAGGGAAUCUAUUUUGGUGAGAGUUCUUCCUCCUUUUCCAUCGCUGUAACCCAUAUUGUCUCCAAGGAACUUAACUCCAUGUUAUUCAAGUCACAUCUGCAUACAUUAGUGCGCCAAACUUACGCAUUAUUUAUUUAUAAAGUUUAUCAUAAAGUUUAUUUUAAAAACUGCGCUUCAUUUGCGAGAUUAUUUUUUACAGCGAGUUUGUCUCUAAGUCAGUGCGGUUUGCUAACGAUUCUUCGUUGUAAAUUAAUCUUUUCCUAACCAUGAACAUCCGUACUCGGUGUUUUUCAGAGUUAAAUGAAAGAGAAACCACACCAAACACUCUCACCCCGUGACUCACCACAUUUUCUCGUUACACAGGAAACACCAAGGAAGGCUCCUUAUUACCCUCUAUCGGGUACUAAACCUUUCAAUGGCUUUGGGUUUUGGCCAACGUUUCACACCUGGCCACAUCUGUUGGAUCACGAUUACAUGACCCCAUGGUUCGACCCAAGGCCUGAAAUGAAAGGUAGAUAUUGCAAACACUAUGCACUUCAGUGUUUAUAAAUCAAGGGAUGGUUUCAUUUAAGUCGCAAAAUGCUCGAAUAACUUAUUCAAGGCUAGAUAAAACUAUUAUGAUUAAUAGCAAUAAAUGGGAGGUUUAUUAGAUCUUCACUGGUGCAUUACACAAAGACUGAAUCUUUCUUGAUUCUAUUUCAGCUCUCGAUGGUUUAUCUUUAAUCUUUGGGUUUUGUUCUUUUCUUUGCGCUAUUUAUGUACACCGCCGAUUUUUCCUUAAUAUUUUCCUCUGCGUUUUGUCAUGCCAUGUAAAUUUUUGGUUUCCUGUUUCCACAAAGCCAUUUUUGUUGCAUCUGAUCAGCUAGAUUUGGUAAGUGCUAUGGUUCGGCAAACUAAAGAAAACUGAUACUAGGAUGCUAUCCCCUUCUGUGUUGAGUGAAUUGUUUUGUUCGACCGCCUCGUUCUGUCUCCAGAUUAAUCUGAUAGCUUCUAGCUGUCCCCAAAAUAGGUAUCACCGAUCUACUACCGCUACUGGAAACGCAGUUCUCAUGCAAAGUACUGACAUUGUCUUGUACCGAACUUUUGGUUUCUUCUUCCUUUAGACAUUGGCGUCAUGACUCAACCAGGUAUUAAACAGGAACCUUUGUCUCCAGAUGAUGGGAUGAUGCCGUCAUGCUCACGCGACCUUAAUGAAUUGGAUGAGGUAAUUCAUCAUGGCCCACCUGCUAAGUAGGAGUGGAGAUAAUUCAUCCAUUCAUCUACUAAUUUUUCGAGCUACUGAAAAAACUUAGUGAACGGACAGGAGGGCUUAAACUGAGCUAAGAAUCACUGUAUUAUUCACCCAAUGCCCUUACCAUUCGGUCUCAAACUUGAAUUUUAAAGUCUGAUUGUAUCCUCUUUAGAGAAGAAGUCUUUUCAAUAGCUAUUCUAGGACACCUUGUGCCUGAAGGUUCUAUAUUUUCUUUAACCCCUUCACUCCCAUGGGUGAUUAAAACAGAAUUUCUCCUUACAUUAUCAAUACAAUAUCAAGCAGACCUGUGAUGAGAAUAAAGAAAAAUAUUAAUUAGGGGAUAAUUAGUUGAUCCAAUACCAAAUUCUCCAAACUAACAUCACAAGAACCAUAUGGCAGACAGUACGAAGAAUUACUAAUGAGAUCUUGGGAGUUAAAGGGUUAAUGCCAGACACUGAAGACACUGAACAGUAGGUUCCUUUUGUUUUCCAGAGUUCUACAGAGGGCGCCAAAGUAAUAGUCAAAGAGGGUACGUUGAUGCUGUGAAGUUGCUUUUAUCAAUAUACUUUCCCGAUUGUAUUCAGCAGUGUUCUAGCUUGCUAACUUAACAGCUAACCUUUCCUUCCUUAUUUCCCUUUUCAGAAGACGAAGUCCCCAGUGAUCAAGAAAUCAUCGAUGUAAGAAAAUUUUACAACUGACACACACUUUGAAGAUGAUAUUCUUAAAAGGGGUAACCCAAUAAGAUCUAUUUUUCCCUUUCUCUGUAGUUGGUGGACCAAAUGUCAGAGCAGAGUGGGUCUUCACUUGACGAAAUGGAAGGAAUGGAGGGUUCCAAUGAUCCUGAACAAGGUAAAAAAAGCCACAAUGACAAUAUAAAGAUCUACAUGUGAAAGUUUCAAAAGCCUCUCAUGUACCUUUCGCUACCAGGAUAAAUCGAAUAGGAAUUUCUCAUAAAGAUGUAAACACAUAUUUAUGUUAAAAAGGAGGGGAUAUUGAUUGAUUUAAACUGAGCUAAAAUGAUCAGAAAUGUAUGGCAGACAGUUCAGAGAACUGAUUUUUACGUGUAGAUGUUGGAGAGGACUGGGUUAAUCUAACGUCUGUUUAAUUUCAUCACUUUAAGCAAAUACCAUUAAGUGUGGUUACGUUGAAUUGUCAAGCAAUAGAGCAGAAUACAAAUCGAAUUUAAAAAAAGUAACAACAAUAAUAACAAAAAAAGAACGAAAAAAAAUUAAAAGAUAAAAGCAGAAGAAAUCUCAUCUGCAAAAAAAAAAGCUUUAAUUUAAAGGUGGUUGAAAAUAAAUCUUGCAUAGCCUUAUCUUACCGCAAGAGAACUGGGAAGAUAAGAAGUUUGCAUGUUUUCUAUCCCCAAUUGUUUUUAUCAGGCUAUGCAAAUGCGGAAUAAUUCCUCUGGUCUUCCCAUAAAAUGUCACCCAAAAAUACACGUGAAUCUAAUGUCACGACUGUAUUCUUUUCUUUUUAUUUCUGCAGAGUUCGCUGACGAGUCUUCUUCUCCAAAGAAGGGCCCUCCAUUGCAGUUGGUCUUGAAGUCCGAGGGCUCAACUAACUAUGGGAAUGAAUACUCUGCUACCCUUCCUUUGACACCAGACUCCACUAGGGAAAUUUUAAGCGUCAUUAACAGAUCGUAAGACAGUUAAGAACUCUUGUCGAGAUUUAAGUCAGUACAGUAAGCUUUAAUAAGCAAAGGGAAUGAAUUUUCUCACGUGAUAUAGGAAAGCAAAAUAAAUGAUUAUAAGAAGGCAACUUAUGACCGGCAUGAGUGACCAUCCUCUUCAGUGGAUGCCGGCCCAAAGGCGACAAACGUAGUGACUGCCAAGACUUCUAUCUUCGUAGGUUUUGUGUCAUUUUUGUUCAGGUUUAGCAGUUCCCUAUGCUCACAGAUUGUUUGAUAUAGUAAGAAUCCGGUAAAUAAUGUAUUUGAAAUUGAAUUAGGUUGAAUGGUAGAUACAUCAGCGACCGUUUUAGAAUUUAAACCUCUCUGUCAUAUAACUCUUUCAAGGAAAGCUCAGAUUUUCUAGAAAUGAUCACUUCUAUCGAAAAAUUAGUGGUGAUUCAUCUUCAAUCACCCGCAGAUAUUUUACCACCAAUGUGUACAUGCUUGGCAUGUGCUGGCACAAAGCAGUUCUUGGAUUAAGUGGCAGCCAUCACCAAAUUUAGAAAGAGUUU